CCCAACUCCAUCACCACCUCCAAGACCUCCUCUACCACCUUCUGGACUCAUCUUCGUCGCGGCUGAACCACGUUCAGUCCGUCUCCACCUCCACUCCGACUCGGAGUCCAAGUCACUCGACUCAACCAGCCUCUGGCGACUCCCAUCCAUCACCCAGUCUUCCCGCCAUAAACUCCCCGGAUCCGGCCGACAUUAACCGCCAUACUUCGAAACACUCUCUCCAUUCGUCGUGAAGCUCCGAGUCGUCGCGUUUACCCAUCGCCUCCUUCCUUCUCCGAGGAGUCGUACUCGGAAUUCCCGCUCCAUUUCUCAUCAUACGCGCUAUGGACGACUCGAUUCUCGUGAUGCUUCCUGACGGAGCCGUGCGCCUGUAUUCCGCCACGGGGCCCGGCGACCAGCCGGUCCUAGCAGACGCGGUUCUCACCGACUACCCGGGCUGCACGCUCGGCGUGUUAGAGGAAUGCCAGACGUCCCUGCCCGCCGACACGCCCUUGCACCCAGGCCACACGUACUACAUCACCCCGGGCGCGGCGCCGGACGUGCCAGUGCCCGUGGCGCCCCCCCGCGUUCAGCGCAGCGUGACCUCCCGCGACUGCCCCCGGCAACACCCAGCAGCUUAUAUCGCGGAUGUUGGCGUUUCUGAGGCUGGUGCGCUGAGCCUCUCCGAUGUCUCAGGCUCCCUUUCUAGCUCUCGCGUUUACACUGCAGAAGCAGCAGUAGCAGCAAUGAUGGCCGGCGAUAGAGCCGAGAGAGCCGCCGGAAACAGACCGGCAUCGUUCGAUUUGCCGCCAUUGUUCUGGGGCUUCGACUCUCCCCUCGCGUCGCCGUCCAUCCCCGGAUCCCCCAUUCACCAUCAGCGCCGGCUACACCCGCGUCGCUCGCUCGAGCUCACGCGCGGCUCGCAAAGCUGUUCGCACAGCCCCGUUGUGGACGGCCUAUCGUCGGGAUACCCUCUCUCAAUGAGAAGCGCUGUUCCGAAGAGUACCCGCCGCUCGUCCCUCUCGCGUCAUCUACGGCGCGACAUCCCCUGCGCGCGCUCCGCCCCCCCUGCGACGACCCUGACCGACGCCGCCGCUGCCAUCGCACUGUCGGAGUGCUCAAGGAUGUUUGCUAGUGCUGCGCUUGCUCCUGGUAGUCCGAGUGUGAACGAUGCUGAUGCUGCCGCGGCGUCGCCCAGCAGGCGGAGGCUGCGGAGGACGACGAGCAGGCGCGCCGUUGCUGACGCGUCCGCGGCUGUUGCGGCGUUCGGGAGCCCAUCGUGGGGGUCAGGCCAGUGCAGCGCGCUAAAGGAAUUCAGAGCGGAGAUAGGUGAAGUGAGCGGUGAGACGGGGUAUCAGACAGUGAACAGGGUGUAGGGUUUGAGUUGUGUUCGCAAGUUGUGAGUUUCGCCCCCGAGAGACCUGCCAAAUGGUGGACAAAAUGCACAUCACAUGAACUGU